GUUGUUCUGAAUUUUUUGUCUUUGGUCACCCGCCAUUGUUUGUUAUUUGUAUCAAAAAUAUUAGGCGUCGGUGAAAACUCUAAUUUUUAUCCUUUUUCAUCUGGGAAUAGCCAGAUAUUAUUGAGUGUUUUUGAAAGGGAGAAGAAUUUUAAUCAUUUAAAAUGUCGAUCGGUGUUCCUAUUAAAGUACUUCACGAAGCAGAAGGCCAUGUAGUGACCUGUGAAACUAAUACCGGUGAAGUGUAUCGCGGUAAACUGAUAGAAGCCGAGGAUAACAUGAAUUGCCAGAUGACUCAAGUGACAGUCACGUACAGGGAUGGCCGGGUGGCUCAGCUGGAGAAUGUAUACAUUCGUGGGUCAAAAAUUCGUUUCCUUAUAUUACCAGAUAUGUUGAAGAAUGCGCCCAUGUUCAAACGGCAGGGGAACAAACCAACCGCUGGACGCGGCAAGAGCGCUAUAAUAAGAGCUCACGCUGGUCGAGGCAGACCAGGAGGGAGAGGAGGAGGUCACCGUGGUGGCUGGCAGGGAGGUUCAGGACCUUCUAGACGAUAAGAUUAUAUCUAGAAUUAGUAUCCUACCUUUAAUUUUUACUGUACUCUAUUUAAGAUUACUUCAAACCAGUUCACUAUUUGCAAAGCCUUGACUAGAACUAAAUCAAAUAUUUUCCAUGUUCAAUGGUGCUAACAUGUGACCGAGUUAGAGAAAUAGACAAAAUAUUGUCCAAUGGUGGCGGAGUCGUCCCUGCUCCAUUUCUUUGAUCACAAUAAAAAUAUUAGUAUACUAUAUUGUCUACUUUUCUUUAGACCAUCAUCUUGUUGGUUGUAUCUUCUUCUUCUUCUUCUUUCUUCUGGGCCGUUUCCGCACUUAGCCAAGUUAAGAGUUAAGUUAAGAGGUAAGAAGUUGUUGGUUGUAUGUUAGCUCCACAAAAAAAUAUUUUAGUGGCACUAAAAUAAAUCUAUUAGAACAAGUAAUGCCAUAAUUAUAUCUCAAUAAAUCACACACACACAAAUGUGUGCGUUAGGGGGCUUAUAUUAUAAUCAGUGUGAGUGAGAUUGAAUGUUGGCCAACAAAAAGUUCUUGUGGUCAUGUGAGUUUUAGCCAUGUUUCAUAUUUCAUUAAGAUGAAUUACACUCAUGAUUGUGUAUGAAUGAAGUACUUUUUUAAUCAGUGCACAUGAAAAGACUUCAUUCAUACACAAUCAUGAAGCCUGAACAGAAAAAUAAUAAAAAAUCCCUGACUUAAGGGUGUCACAAGUAUUUCUUAAGUCUUGUAUGCUUAGUUUACUAAUAUUGGGAAUUAGUUCCUUUUUUUCCAGAGCAUGGGAAAAUUUUCUUAUUUUUUUGGUCAGGUUACAAAACUACUUGAGUGAUACUGUGCAGUUUGUGAUAAGGUUUUCAAUAAAUAAUAAGUUGUGUACAA